GAGAGUGGGAGCAGAGGGACGGAGAGCGCAGAGCGAGAGAGCUGCACAGCCGGACAGCGCCGGCCCGGGUCCACAUGGGUUGUGCCCUGAGCGCAGACUGCUGCGCGGACGAAGCGGAUCCCGAGCCCAUCCGGGGGGCGCCCAAAAGGGGGGGUCCAGACAGGUCUGACAACACUAUGAGGCUGACCAAGCCUGGGAAGGGUGAGCCCCACUCCUUCAAAGAGAAGUCCUUUAAGAAGAAGCGCCAGUGUGGAGUUUGCAGGCAGAGCAUCGAAAACCUGGGCUCCUUCUGUAGGGUGUGUAAAACGGCAACCCACAAGAAAUGUGAAAUAAAGGUAACUGGCGCCUGUGUUCCCGCCCCCUCCUCUGACCUGCAAAGACGAGGCACCGCCCCCUCCAGACACAUCCAGCACCUGGGCUCUACCAAGUCUCUGAGCUACACCAAGCAGAGGAGCACACUGCCCAGGAGUUUCAGUGUGGACCGGGUGAUGGAGCGAGUGAUGGAGCGCCACUAUGACUUCGACCUGACCUACAUCACUGAGCGCAUCAUCUCCGUCUUCUUCCCCCCGCUGCUGGAGGAGCAGCGUUACCGCGCCAACCUCAAGGAGGUCACCGCCAUGCUCAAGUCCAAGCACCAGGAGAAGUUUCUGCUGUUGAACCUGUCAGAGAGACGGCAUGACAUCACACGUCUCAAUCCCAAGGUCCAUGAUUUCGGCUGGCCUGAUCUUCACGCCCCUCCCCUUGAUAAAAUCUGCGCCAUGUGCAAAGCAAUGGAGACCUGGCUGAACUCUGACCCCCAGCAUGUGGUGGUCCUGCACUGCAAGGGAAACAAAGGCAAAACUGGGGUCAUCAUCGCUGCCUACAUGCAUUACAGCAAGAUCUCAGCAGGGGCUGACCAGGCUCUGAGUACGUUGGCCAUGAGGAAGUUUUGUGAAGAUAAGGUGUCAUCAGCUCUCCAGCCUUCUCAGAACAGGUAUAUUUACUAUUUUGGGGGUCUCCUCUCCGGAGCCAUUAAGAUGAACAGCAGCCCCCUCUUCCUCCACCAGGUUCUCAUCCCGACUCUGCCCAAAUUCCAGUCUGAUGGAGGUUAUUACCCCUUCCUGAAGAUCUACCAGUCCAUGCAGCUUGUGUACACCUCUGGGAUCUAUGAUCUGCAGGGCUCGGAGGCCCGGAGGCUGUGUGUGACCAUCGAGCCCGCUCUGCUGCUGAAGGGAGACAUCAUGGUGAAGUGUUACCAUCGGCAGGCUCAGCAGGCGGAGAGGGACACAGUGUUCAGGCUUCAGUUCCACACCUGCACCAUACACGGAGCACAGCUGUGGUUCGGGAAGGACGAGCUGGAUGAGGCCUGUGCAGAUGAGAGGUUCCCCUCAGACGCCACGGUGGAGUUCGUCUUCUCCUCGGGACCAGAGAAAAUAAAAGGGAGAGAGUACCAGCGGAAUGACCCUGCGGUCACAGUGGACUACAACACAGCGGAUCCCGUGGUGCGUUGGGACUCCUAUGAGAACUUCAACCUGCGGAACCAGGACAGCCUGGAAGAUAUCGCCCACACUCGCGGCCCGCUGGACGGCAGUCUGUAUGCGCAGGUGAAGAAGCGCAGGGCAGCGGGGGGCUCGGGGUCACUGGUCUCCACCAAUGGGAGCCCGGGGAUGGGAGCUGAGGAGAAGCAGGUCCCGCUUCUGUCAAUCAGCUCUGACUCUGGCCAUAGCUCCGCCCCCACUGAGCGUCUGGAGGACCCACCUCGCCCCCCUCCCCCCACCCGGCAAGAGAGGGAGGAGCUAAACCGGCUUCUGGGUGGGAUUGAGGGGCGGGGUGAGGGGCGGGACCGGGAGACGGCCAUACUGGACGACGGUGAGGCCACGCCCCCAGGGGGCGGGGGGACACUGCGAUUGGGCCGAUCCUGCUCGUGCCGCGUGGGCUACCGCUCCCAGCGCUGUGGAGAGCCUGCCUGCGACCGGCCCUUCCUCCUGCCGAACGGCUACUGCCCCACCCCUGCCCCGCCCCACCUGGAGCUGUGCCACGCCCACCCGGCCCUGCCCCCACCCGACCUCCUGUGGGAGCGGCAGCACUACCCACCCCGCCACCAGUGCCCCUACCCCGGCGCCGACCUGCCCGGCCCCGCCCACGGCCACGCCCUCCCACCCCCGGGCAGGAUGCUCUGCAGAGGGGAGGAGUACCCGCCCUACCUCCACCCCGCCCACGCCCACGCCCACCACUCCCAGCCCUCCAGCCCCUCCUACCGCCACAUGCUGCUGCUGGACGGAGUGGCGCCCCCUGGCUGUCCGUGCCGGGACUGCUGCUGUCGGCGGGAGGAGGCCUACCACGCCCUGCGGCUCGACCGGGGGGAGGGGCUGCACUGGGAGAGGCGGGGCCGGGAAGCGCCCCUGCACUGGGACAGGGACAGGGAGGCGGAGCUGCAGUGGGAGCGGGAGCGGGAGAUGGAGUUCUGGCACCGGAGGUCCGCAAUCCCCCCCUACGGAGGGCCUCGCCACUCCCCCGAGCCCCACGACCUCCAGGCCUUCACCUUCGACCCCCUGCCCUCCGGUCACCCCGCCUACCCCGAGCCUUCCCGCUCGCACCCGGACCUCAAGUACAGCAGCAGCAGCAGUGGCUACCAGACCCCCCGGCAGGCCUGCGCCUGCUCCCCCUACCAGCCCUCCCCCUCGGAGAGCCGCGGAUACGGCUCCGGGUACCAGUCCGAAUCCACCUCGCCGCUGCCCCCCCCGGCCUGCAGCCAGGGGCCCGAACUGCAGCCCCACCCCCAGCCCCAGCCGUACCCCCCCGACCCCCACGCAGGUACGCAUCUCCCAGGGGAUGGUUUGUCUUGGCGGGACCACAUUUCCCAGAGUUCCUUGAGCAGGGUACACAGAGAGGCACCUGUCAUUUCCUCUGCAAACUCUGACCUCUCCGGGCCACCCACCCCGGUGCAUACCAGCAGCCCUUUGCGAACCCAGGAAAGUCCUGGUCCAGCAGGUUCGGAGCUGCACGUGUCAGAGGUCGACAGCGUCCCCACCCCAACGUCUUCCCAGAGACCCCUUAGCCCCACCAAACAGCCCCUCAGCCCUGCCCAUGCUUCUCACAGCCCCACCCAACAGCCCCUCAGCCCCGCCCAUGCUCCUCACAGCCCCGUCCAACAGCCCCCCAGCCCUGCCCAUUUCCCUCACAGCCCCACCCAACAGCCCCUCAGCCCCGCCCAUGCUCCACACAACCACACCCAUCAGCCCAUCAGCCCCGCCCAUGCCCCUCAAAGCCCUGCCCAUGCUCCACACAACCACACCCAUCAGCCCAUCAGCCCCGCCCAUGCCCCUCAAAGCCCCGCCCCGGAGCAAAUAAGCCCCACCCAUGCUCCACACAGCCCUGCCCAACAGUCACCCAGCCCCAGCCAUGCACCAGUCAGCCCCGCCCAAAAGCCAAACAAUCCUGCCCUGGAGCCAGUCAGCCCUGCCCACCCUCCCCACAGCCCCGCCCACCCUCCCCACAGCCCCGCCCAGAGCCCUCCACAGGACCAGCAGUCCAGUCCCAUCCUGGCCCAGUCCGCCCCGGACACCCCCAAUUCACACACCGACCCGACCCAGAUGGAACCCCAGAACCGCCAGCCUUCUGUAGACGGGAGCAGCCCAACAGCGGUGCCUGCCACCGCCCAGACAAUGCCCCAAAGUGCCUCACCCUGUUUGUUGGGUCCUGCACCGGCACCCGUGCAGCUAAAUGGUGGGAUCCCUCCCAAGAACGGCGUUCCUGGGCCCCCCAACCCCAGCUCCGCCCGCAGCUCCACACCCUCCUCCCCUCAGUCCCCCGCUGGCAGCCCGGAGUACUGGCCCCCCUCGGAGGGCCCGGUGCCCGGCUUCGCCACGCUGGGCCGGAAGCUCAUGCUCGGGGGGGACGGCUGCACCCCCAAACCCCCGUCCCCCACCCCCGAGGGCUACUCCACCCCCACCUUCCCCAUCUCAGGCUGUUACUACCCCCCCAACGCCCCCUACACGGGCUACACCUCCGUCACAAUCGCCGCUCCCCAGCCCCCGCUCCCUGAGAAACGCCGGCAGUCCUCCCUGCACGGCUCGCCCAACGGGCGGGGCUCCACCCUCCGCACCCCUGCAGGAGCCCAGUACCCACAGCCCGCUCCCUCCACCCCGCACCACGUCACCUUCUCCCCGUCCGUGGGCGAGGCUGCCCCCCCCGGGGGCUCACGUGAAGAGCCGCUGCACAGCCAGGUCAGCGUUAAGUUCGUCCAGGACAGCUCGCGGUUCUGGUACAAGCCCGGGAUCUCCAGAGACCAAGCGAUCGCUGUACUGAAGGGGGAGGAGCCUGGAACCUUCCUCAUUCGGGACAGUAACUCCUUCCAGGGGGCCUACGGCCUGGCACUGAAGGUGGCCACACCUCCACCCAACAUCAGCAACCACAGCAGCAAAGCAGGGGACCCCCUGGAGCAGCUGGUGCGUCACUUCCUGAUCGAGACGGGCCCUCGGGGGGUGAAGAUCAAGGGCUGUCAGAAUGAGCCGCACUUCGGGAGCUUGUCGGCCCUGGUGUACCAGCACUCCAUCACCCCCAUCUCCCUGCCCUGUGCCUUACGCAUCCCUGAGAAAGACCUGGUUGGGGAGAUCCAGGAGGUGCAGACGGGGAGUCACCUGAGCACUGCUGCGGACCUCCUGAAGCAAGGAGCAGCCUGCAAUGUGCUGUACCUGAACUCUGUGGAGACAGAGUCGCUCACAGGACCCCAGGCCAUCUCCAAGGCAACCAGUGCCACCCUGUCCCGAAGUGCCCGUCACCCCGCCACUGUGGUGCACUUCAAGGUGUCUGCCCAGGGAAUCACGCUCACUGACAGCCAGCACAGAGUGUUUUUCAGGAGACAUUAUCCAGUCUGCAGUGUGACCUUUAGCAGUGUGGACCCCCAAGACAGGAGGUGGACUAACUCUGACAGCACGACAUCCAAGAUGUUUGGCUUUGUGGCAAAGAAACAGGGCAGCUUGUCGGAGAACGUGUGCCACCUGUUCGCCGAGCUGGACCCCGAGCAGCCAGCCACCGCCAUCGUCAACUUCAUCAACAAGGUCAUGCUCGGGCCACAACAACGCAGAUAGCCCAACCCUGCCCCCCCCCCCCCCCCCCACAGAGCGGGAGCCAAUCAGGAGAGAGGGGAAACAGCCUGAAGCUGCUUGCGUGGAUUGUGGCAAAAGACAAGCAACACAAGGUUUUCAGUGCAUUUGUGUCACUCCACUGGUCACCCCUCACAACCAGUCCUAACAUUUGUCCUCUUUUUAAAUAUUAGUCAUUUAUGUAAAAGAGGAGCUGCAGUCUGCAGAUAUCAACCCUUAAACCAAUGGACUCCUUUCUGGAGCAUCAAGAUGGACUGUUGGGGUCAAGGACUGCUGAGUAUUGAGUGAUUGUGUGUAGUAGUCUUUCAAGCACAUUCUGACUUUACAUUAUCCAAAAUACCAGCAGAAGCUGCUGAAUAUUACCCCUGCUAUGAUAUACUGACACAUCUAUUGGAACUGAUGCAAAAAGAUAUCUACAGCAUUUAUUCAGAAAUAUUGUUACCACAGUGGUGGAAAAGCCCUGCCAAGUGUAUCUUUCAAGGAACAAAACUGGUGAUGGAUCAAUGGAUCCAGCUGACCCCCCCCCCCCCCGACACACACACACACACACACAUAAAGAUAGAAGUUUCUGAAUGGGAGUGUAUGCAUGUAUGUGACUUGAGGGAGCGAGAGUGAGAGUGUUUGCAGGCUAGACAGUACCAGGACGUAGGGACAUUAGUGAGUAGAUGUGCUGUAGUUGCAGGAUUUUAGAAAUUAGGGAUCGUGUUGUGGUCUCAGCCUGGCUCGAGGGUAGGCAGUGUUCCAAGAGGAAAUGGAAGUUUGCCAGACAGGAAGUGGAGACGGUCGCCACACAACAUGGCACGGCCCCCGUAGGACCAUUUGACUCCAGGCUGGUUGAGGCAAGCCCGGACGAACGCACCCAAAAGGCCACGAUAUAGUGGUCUUGAAGCUUGGCUGCAAAUAUCGUUGUCCUUGCCUUGUUUUUUACAUCCAAAAGAAGCACCGUUUGUGUAUUAUCACUGAAAUAACACGACUAGGAAUCCUUUUUUCUUACCCACCUUAUUAGUAGCCUAAAUCACUCACUCUUUCCUUUGAAGAAUAGAUCCAAGUAUAGAAAGAAAUCAAGCAAGCCAGAUGCCAAAGCCUCGACCUAACCAAAGACAUUUACAGAGCACUCAAAUUUUAUACUUUUAACCUAUAAUCAGUUGUAAUUUGUCAGCUUCAUGUAUUUGUAUAUGUAUAAGUGGAGUGUUUAUACAUCAUUUUUGUGUUUUUAUAAGAUAGAAAGACACUUGCGUCUCUGACAGCUUUAAUAUAUUUUUGAUCUUUUUUCUUAUUGACUUUUGUAUGUAGUAAUAUAUUUUCUCACAUGCAGCUGCCUCUAAACAUGUAAGAAAUGAAAAGGAAGGAACGUUUAUAAGAAGAAAAAAAAGGAAUUUAUAUGAUAUGCUAUUUUUUAAAAACAAACAGCAAUGUACACAUAAAAUAAAAAUAUAAAGUUGUGGUACCAAAA